GCAAUGGCAGAAUCAUCCCCAAUUUCACUGAAAAGAAGAGAAAGGAGAUGGAGUAUAAAUAGUCCUCCGUUCAUGUCAUCCUCCUGUGGUCCACUGACUGAGGAGCUUCAGUGCUCUAUAUGUCUGGAUGUGUUCACUGAUCCAGUCAGCACUCCAUGUGGACACAACUUCUGCAAGACCUGUCUGAAUAAGUGCUGGGACAACAGCCAGACCUGCAACUGUCCAUACUGUAAAGAAACAUUCAACCAAAGACCUGAUCUCAAGAUUAAUACCACACUCCGAGAGAUCGUAGAUCACUAUAAAAAUAAAAGUACUGAGAAAAAAACUGAAGUUCUGUGUGAUUUCUGUGAGGAAAGAAAGCUGCAAGCCCUGAAGUCGUGUCUGGUGUGUCAGAGCUCUUACUGUGAAACUCACCUGCAGCCUCAUUUGAGAGUGGCAGGUUUAAAGAAACACAAACUGAUGGAGCCUGUGAGUAAUCUGGAGGACUAUAUAUGUCAGAAACAUGAGAGACCUCUGGAGCUGUUCUGUAGAGAUGAUCAGACAUGUGUGUGUCUGUCCUGCACUGAAGGAGAUCACAAAAACCACAACACUGUUCCUCUAGAAGAAACCGAGUUGAUGAUCCAAGACGUGCAGAUGAUGAUCCAAGACAGAGUCAAGAAGAUUCAAGACAUCAAACACUCAGCAGAAAUCAGAAAAAGAAACACAGAGGAGGAGAAAGCAGCCCGUGUUGAGCUCUUCACUGAUCUCAUCCGCUCCAUUGAGAGAUGUCAGACUGAAGUGCUGGAGAUGAUGGAGGAGCAGCAGAAAGCAGCAGAGAAACAGGAGCAAGAGCUCAUUAAAGAUCUGGAGCAGGAGAUCACUGAGCUAAAGAUGAGAAACACUGAGCUAAAGAUGAGAAACACUGAGCUGGAGCAGCUCUCACACACUGAAGAUCACCUCCACCUCCUACAGAUUUAUUCAUCCCUGCGCAUCCCUACAAACACCAGGAACUGGUCUGAGAUCAGAGUGAACACUCGUGAGAGUCUGGAGACUCUGAGGAGAGCUCUGACUCAACUGCAGGACACUCUGCAUGAGAAAUUCACACAAACUGAGCUGAAGUGGAUGCAGCAGUAUGCAGUGGAUGUGACUCUGGAUCCUGAUACAGCUCAUCCAAACCUCAUGCUGUCUGAUGAUGGAAAACAAGUGAGAUAUGGAGACACUGAGCAGAAACUAGCAGACAAACCAAAGAGAUUUAAUAGAUGUCCUGCUGUCCUGGGAAAAGAGGGAUUCUCCUCAGGGAAGUUUUAUUUUGAGGUGCAGGUGAAGGGAAAGUCUAACUGGGAUGUAGGAGUGGCCACAGAAUAUAUUAAAAGGAAGGGAGCGAUCACACUUGGUCCGAGUAAUGGAUACUGGGCUGUGUGGCUGAGAAAUAGGAAUGAAUAUAAGGCUCACUCUGCUCCUCCCGUUUCUCUGUCUCUGAGAGUGAAGCCGCAGCGGGUCGGUGUGUUUGUGGAUUAUGAGGAGGGUCGGGUCUCCUUUUAUGAUGUGGAGUCCAGCUCUCAUAUCUACUCUUUCACAGGUCAGUCUUUCACUGGGAAACUCUAUGCAUAUUUAAACCCAUCCCAAAAUAGAGGCGGUUACAAUUCAGUCCCACUGAUCAUCACACCUUUCAAUUUCAAUAUAUGA